AUGUCCCAAAGACCAACAUCCUCCCAUGACCCCUCCGCCCCGCACCUCAUCCCAGUAGACGACUGCCUAACCUACGAAACAGGAUACCGCCCAAACCUCCCCGGCCAACGCACCUGGUGGGUCUUCUGCCCUGUGACCGGGCUCUUCGGCAACAGCUACUCCCUCCUCGGCGCGAUGAUCGAGUGCGUCGCGCGCGGACAGGCCACGCUCGCGCCGAGCUGGGACCGUACCUUCGCGGGAGGCAUCUGUGAUAUGCAGAGGAGGAUCGAGAGGUAUAUGUAUGCGAAUGAUGGGCAGGUUGAGUGUAAGCCUGCGCUUGGGUUUCGGUAG